UGUCUCGGCAGAGUCAAUUCCUUCUUCAUGUGGUGAUCUUGAUGAGUUGAACAAGGUGGUAAGCUUGUUGAGGUCCGAGUUGUUUCAAGUAAAGCGGGAAAAAGACGUCAUUCACUUAAAGGUCAUACGGAUGGAAAAACUGUUGGACCAAUGUUUAGGUCCUCAGUUUGAGCAGGAAGUAAGGAGGGACCUAGCUUUACUGAAACAGAGGACGAAUCGUUGUGUCGUCUCACAUCCAUUUAAGGGAUAUGGGGAAAUGGAUGACAUUCAAUGGGAUGAAGGGCCAAGUAACAGAAAUGAGGGAGAGGAAAAGGAAGAUGAAGGGAUUGAAGGGGGUGAAGGGCCAAAUAAUAGAAAUGAGGGAGCACAUAAGGAAGAGGAGGGGAUUGACGGAGAGGAAAAGGAAGAGGAGGGGAUUGAAGGGGGUGAAGUGCAAGGAAAACCAAGUGAGGUAGAGGAAGGGCAAAGGAAAAGAAGUGAAGGAGAGCAAGUGCAAGUAAAAAGUAGCAAAGAAGCCCAAAGACAGAGCAGUGAGGGAGAGGAAGUGAAAAGAAAAAGCAGUAAGGGAGAGAAACUGCAAAGGAAAAAAAGGGAGGGCAAGGAAGUGAAAACACAAACAAGUGAGGAAAAGGAAGUGCAAAAAAACCAAUGUGAGAAAGAAGAUAAUGAAGUUAUGUUACUUAGGGGUGACAUGGGCGAGAGCACGGAGGGGACACUGCUUGAGUUUACUGUCGGGGACAUUGAUUUGGAUGAACCUACAGCUGUGCUAUCUCAGUUGAACGUGUGGUUGAAUGAUAAAAGUAAAGCUCUGGCACAAGGGGUCCAAUUACGGAAAAGGAAGAGGAUCAUUCCUUUGUGGAAGAUCGUUGAAGGCAGUGAAUUGGUUCCAAAAACUGGGGCACAGACAACCGGACUGAAGAUGUUAGACCCAAUGAAGGCGAUUCCGCAUGAUGAUCUGGUGAAAUUGCUGAAACUUUGUUGGGAAUGGCGCCAGGACCCAAAUUUGGUGAUGCAAUUUGGCAACGUGGAAGCUGAGAUUGAAUUCUUCGCUUCCCUCGUGAAAGCUGAUGGUUGGCUGAAAGGAGAUCACAUUGAUUUGGGGUUGUAUCUCAUCCGGAAGCGACAACAACAAUUGGAGACAGAUUCGGUAGAAGUAGCGGACUGGACAACGACCGAUGUUUUUUUUAUGAAUCACAUUCGUACUUGCUUUGCGGAUAAUAAAAGAAAAAAACAGCAGCUUGGGUGGAAAAUCAGAAAAAGUUUACUAAACGUUGUAAAUGGGAAGGUUCCUCCGUGUGGGUUGGAUUGGCAGACCGUCUAUAAGGUGUAUACCCCAUUUAUGUUGACGAAGUACAAGCAUUGGGUGGCUGUAAUGAUUGAUCUGGUAUUGUGUGAAAUCAAAGUGUACGAUUCAAAGGUUUCACUAAUUCCAGAUGACAUCGUAAAGGAAGAACUCGGCCCGCUAUCAAUUACGCUUCCAAAUCUUCUCAACACCAUCGACUUUUAUGAAGAAGGUGUUUAUGCAAACAAUUGCAGCCGAGAUUGGUGGUGUCCGUGGCCAAUAGAGCGUGUGGAUGUUCCACAACAGUCUAAUGAAGGCGAUUGUGGCAUGUUUGUGUUAAAGUACAUUGAGCUUUUCAGCGCUAAGCUUCCGUUAGCUACUUGCACCUCGCACAACAUGCCUUUUUUUCGGUUGAAAUUGGCUGCGGAGAUAACAAGGGGAGAUGCUUACUUCCCAUGAUAUUGGUUGAAGAUGACAAAUGGUACAUGAGAAGGUUUUGGGAAUGUCCAUUCUCAAACUAAUGUAAAUACACAAUAGAGACGUACGGGUCCUUAUCGAAUUCUACCGCUAACUCCUUCAUGACAUUUACAUGUUUGUUAACCAAACUGCAUUGAAUUGGAAUUUUAAGACUGCAUAUGUAAUUGGGAUUUGAAGAUGGCUUUUUAAGUGUA